AUGUCUGCGCACCACCGACGAUGGCGGACGCAAAUCUCGGACGAUGAAGACGAUGAGGUGUCACAACAACGCCCGCCGAGCCCUGGCUCUGUAGAUGGCGAUGGCGAUGGCGACGAGCAGAUGGGGGGUGUCGGGCAACGAGACGAAAUCAGCCAGCUGGUCAAGAAUCUUGUGCGCUACGCCCUCGCUUGCGAGUACUCACGCACGCCCAUACGGAGGGAGGGAAUACGGGAUAAGGUGCUUGGCUCCCAAGGGCGAGCGUUUAAAAAAGUGUUCGCCGGCGCGCAGAAGCAGCUCCGGGCGACAUUUGGCAUGGAAAUGGUCGAGCUCCCCACUAGGGAUAGGAACACAUUGACGGCGGAGCAAAAACGGAAAGCUGCAAAAUCCCAAAGCCAACCAAAGGAAACAAGUUCCAACAGCUACGUGCUCACCUCCGUCCUCCCCGAGCAGUACACCACACCCGCGAUCAUCGCCCCUUCCAAAGUCGGAUCCGCCGACGGCGAAGCGUCCUACAUAGCCCUGUACACAACCAUCAUCGCCAUCAUCACCCUCAGCGGAGGCAGCCUCAGCGAGCCCCGACUCCGCCGAUACCUGACACGGCUAAACGUCGUCGAAAAUAUGCCGAGCAUGAACCCCAGCGACGAGACCUCGCCGAGCGAGCGGACAGACUCUGUUCUCCAGCGCAUGAUAAAACAAGGGUACUUGCUGAAGGUGACGGAGUCUCGGUCGGCGGGCGAUGAGGACGCGACAAAUUGGUAUAUUGGACCGCGAGGCAAGGUCGAGGCUGAUAACGAGGUGAUCGCGGCAUUCGUCCGGACGGUCUACGGGGGGUCAAAUGAGGAGCUUGAGGGGAAGAUACAGGCUAGUCUGAAGGUCAGAGACCGGAUGGCGGAGGAAAUGGAUGUGGUCGAGGAGGAAGAGCCUGCGGCGCCUGAAAAUGGGGAUCCAGGGCCAAAUACACGGAGGAGCGGAAGGAGGCGGCAGACGGCUGGGGAUGAAGAUGAUGGGUAA